AUGGAAUGUCCUUAUAUUGUCAUUGGAAUAGAUGAAUUGGAUAAGUAUGGAACGGAAAUUAAUUUUGCAAACAACUAUAUAAAAUUUGGAGAGGACAUACUGGAAGAAGGUUUAAAGGAAAAAGAAGAUGAGCAGGAAGAUAGUACAGCGCCGAAUAAGGUGUGUACAUCAAUGACUAACAAGCAAGUUGAAAAUAAAGAGGAGAAGGAAGAAGAAGACAUAGGAAAUGAAGUAAAUGUUUUAACAACAAAUUUUAAAUCUAAUAAAAUGAGAAGUGUGGUAUCGCAAACGAUGUACACCGAUGAAAGAAAAGAGGGGAAGAAGAGGAGGAGAAAAAAUAGGAAGAAAAGAAGUGUAACGCCGAUACAGGUGGACACAAAUAUAGGACCUGAAGAGAAAGAAGAGCAAGAAGAAAAUUUAAAUGUCAGUACUGCGCCGAAAGUGUUGUGUACAAACAUGACACAAAAAGAAGUUGAAAUAUUGGAUGAGGAAGAAACUGAGUUGGAAACAGAAAACGAAGAUAGAAAAAAGAAAACACCAGGAGGAUUGGUGACCCUGAGGAUGGAGUCCGAUAACGAAGGCAGAAAGAAAACAACAGGAGGAUUGAUGACCCUGAGCGACGGUGGAGGAAAGUUCAGGGAACCUGACCUACCAAAAAAGAAAAAGACGAAAAAGAGGAUUGAGAAAAAGAAUAAUAAAGAUGACUACACUACGGAUGAAGAGACAAAAUAUGAUGAAGAUAUGGACCACGAAACGGCCAAAAAACCUGCCUCAAAAAGGCAAAGAACGUCACCACUCAACGUGAGCGAAGACGAAAAACACGAGGAGAUAGAGACUUUGAAAAAAGUCAUACAGCAACAAGCUGACGACCUAAAGGCAAGAGACGAGGAAAUAAAAAGCCUAAAGGCACAAAUCGAGGAUCUGAAAAACACUAUGGUUCAGACCAACAAAACUUUGCUCAAACGCAUGGACGAAAGAUUUGAUCAACUCGCCGAAAACCAAAACAUGAAGACCACGCCUACCACAAAGAACAAGGAGGCCACACCCACCAAACAAGUACAACCCACCAAAUAUGACCAAACCAACAAAUAUCCUCGAUAUAAUCUUCUCCGAUUGAGUACUAGUAUACACGGAUCUCCCUCCAAUCAUGCACCUGUUCCUUACAAAGAACAUAUGCCAUUCUUACAGUAUGACCAAACCAACAAACAUUCACUUAAAACAGUAUGGCUAAACCAUAAAAACGCAUAA